UCUUAGUGGUUUGGUUUCCAUGGGAAUCAGUGUUUGCGCAACAAAGCUGGAUCCAUUUACUGCUCCUCUAGGCUUGUUGAGCCCAGAGAGGAGCUGUGAGAUGCUGCAGGAGAUGUAAUGGUGGAUAAAGGCAGAGGAUUUGGAAAAUCUGGACAGCAGGAGAUGCCUACAGGAAUUGAACUCAGGACCUUGCACUUGGCAGGAUUUGCCACAGUAUCCUGGACUUGCAGAAGAGAAGAAAUGCAAAACCUUCCAAAGUGCCCCCCCAUACUUACUGGAGACUGAGCUCAGGUUCUUCACCCUGACUUCACCUACAUCCUUGACCUUUUUUUGUUUUGUAUUUUGAGAUAGGGUCUUGCUAAGUUCCCCAGGCUUGGUUUUGGGAUUCUCCUGCCUCAGCUCAUAACACCAAGUGUUUUUCAUCUUUUUUUUUCAUGCUAGCAGUCUAAUGGCGUACUGUAUCUUUACCAGCAUGGAAUACACACCUGUGUUCCACUCUCAGUUCUAUCAUAGCUGUGGAACCUAGGAUCUCUGUAGGUUUUUUUGAUCCCCAUAAAGGAAUCCCCUAAAAACAGAAAGAGGCUAAACCUGCCGUGCUAAUCUCAACGCUAUAAUGUUAAACAUGUCACAUAAAUGAAAAUACCAUAUAAACUAUCCAAAACUGUGCACUUAUUUUAAUGCCUGUCUUUACUCAAUAUUUACAGAGAGCUGACUUUCUUGCCUUGUAUCUAGGAUAUACCAGAAAAUUGUUAGUCGUUACCUCUAAAACAUCCACACUGUCAAACAGGCAGUUAGGAGAGGACUCAGGCACUGCAAAUCUGUUGAAGAGGAGUUAGGAAAACAAAUGGGUAAUCUCUGAAAGACAGCACGGGAGAGGCAGGAGCCCCGGCAGGGAGGAGAGGGUUAAAUCCUCUCCUCAGCAGUACAAAAGAAAAGAGUGUGCGGAAAGAUUAGGAUUUUUGCUUUUACAAUGGGAGCUGCAGAAGCGUAGGGAAGAAGCUGAAGAAAAAAAGGGGGCGUCUCCCCUUUAAAGACUUGCAGAGAUUGAGAGAGUCAGGAACAGAAUCAGAGAGAGUCUGUCUGUCUCUGAGGAAAGAGAACAUCUCUGCUCAGAGUGAUUUGCACUGGGGGGAAGAGGCAUCCGCUGGCUUCAGACCCAAGGGGGAGCCCGGACCAGGUCACCCCGGUGGAGCCUAAGUGAGCCUUGCCCCUCCUUCUCCCACUUCUCCACCCGGGAAUGUCUCGGCGAAAGCAGCGGAAACCCCAACAGUUAAUCUCGGACUGCGAAGGUCCCCGAGCGUCUGAGAACGGUGAUGCUGCCGAGGGGGACCGCCCCCAGGUCUGUGCCAAAUGCUGCGCACAGUUCACUGACCCGGCUGAAUUCCUCGCCCACCAGAACGCAUGUUCUACUGACGCUCCUGUAAUGGUGAUCAUUGGGGGCCAGGAGAACCCCAACAACUCUUCUGCUGCCUCUGAACCCCGGCCUGAGGGCCACAGUAGUGCUCAGGUCAUGGAUACAGAGCACAGCAACCCCCCAGAUUCCGGGUCCUCGGGGCCCAUAGAUCCCGCCUGGAGCCAAGAUCGGAGAGGAGAGGAAUCUUCAGGACACUUUCUAGUUGCUGCGGCUGGUACAGGGGCUGGGGGAGGCGGGGGCCUGGUCCUGGCCAGUCCCAAGCUUGGAGCAACCCCAUUACCUCCAGAAUCUACUCCGGCCCCUCCGCCACCACCACCGCCCCCGCCCCCACCCCCACCACCAGGAGCAGGCAGCGGCCACCUGAACAUCCCCCUGAUAUUGGAAGAGCUGAGAGUCCUGCAGCAGCGCCAAAUCCAUCAAAUGCAAAUGACUGAACAGAUCUGCCGUCAAGUGCUGCUGCUGGGCUCCCUAGGCCAGUCCGCGGGGUCCCCUGCCAGUCCCUCAGAGCUGCCUGGGACUGGGCCAUCCUCCUCCACCAAGCCCCUGCUGCCGCUCUUCAGCCCUAUCAAGCCUGUGCAGACUGGCAAGACGCUGGCCCCUUCUUCCUCCUCCUCCACCUCAGGGGCAGAAGCACCAAAGCAAGCCUUCUUCCACCUUUACCACCCACUGGGGUCCCAGCACCCCUUCUCUGCUGGAGGAGUUGGACGAAGCCACAAACCUGCCCCCACGCCCUCCUCAGCCCUGACAGGCAGCACGGAUCAGUUGAUGGCCUCACCUCAUCUGGCUUUCCCAGGCAGCACAGGACUGUUGGCAGCUCAGUGCCUCGGGACAGCCCGAGGCCUUGAGGCUACUGCCUCCCCUGGGCUCCUGAAGCCAAAGAAUGGAAGUGGCGAGCUGAGCUAUGGGGAAGUGAUGGGUCCCUUAGAGAAGCCUGGUGGAAGGCACAAAUGUCGCUUCUGUGCCAAAGUAUUCGGAAGUGACAGUGCCCUGCAGAUCCAUCUUCGUUCCCAUACGGGUGAAAGGCCCUACAAGUGCAAUGUCUGUGGGAACCGAUUUACAACCAGAGGCAACCUCAAAGUGCACUUCCACCGGCAUCGAGAGAAGUACCCGCACGUGCAGAUGAACCCACAUCCAGUGCCAGAGCACCUAGACUAUGUCAUUACCAGCAGUGGUCUGCCCUAUGGCAUGUCUGUGCCACCAGAGAAGGCUGAAGAGGAGGUGGCCACACCAGCUGGAGGUGUGGAACGCAAGCCUCUGGUGGCCUCCACCACAGCCCUCAGUGCCACAGAGAGCCUGACAUUGCUCUCUACCGGUGCGGGCACAGUCACAGCUCCUGGGCUCCCUGCUUUCAAUAAGUUCGUGCUCAUGAAAGCAGUGGAACCCAAGAAUAAGGCUGAUGAAAACACUCCCCCAGGCAAUGAGGGCUCAACCAUCAGUGGAGUGGCAGAAAGUGGCGCAGCAACCCGGAUGCAGUUAAGUAAGCUGGUGACUUCGCUACCAAGCUGGGCACUGCUUACUAAUCACUUCAAGUCCACUGGCAGCUUCCCUUUCCCCUAUGUGCUGGAGCCCUUGGGAGCCUCACCCUCAGAGACGUCAAAGCUGCAGCAACUGGUAGAGAAGAUUGAUCGGCAAGGAGCUGUGGCAGUGGCCUCUCCUGCUGCUGGAGCCCCCACCACCUCUGCCCCUGCACCUUCAUCCUCAGCCUCUUCUGGACCCAACCAGUGUGUCAUCUGCCUCAGGGUGCUGAGCUGCCCUCGGGCCCUACGCUUGCAUUAUGGUCAACAUGGAGGUGAGCGACCCUUCAAAUGCAAAGUGUGUGGCAGAGCCUUCUCUACCCGGGGCAAUCUGCGAGCACAUUUUGUGGGCCAUAAAGCUAGUCCAGCCGCCCGGGCCCAGAACUCCUGUCCCAUCUGCCAGAAGAAGUUUACUAAUGCUGUCACUCUGCAGCAGCAUGUUCGGAUGCAUCUGGGGGGCCAGAUCCCCAAUGGUGCUGCCACAGUUCCUGAGGGUGGAGGAGCUGCCCAGGAGAAUGGCUCGGAGCAGUGUACAGCCUCAGGGGCAGGGAGCUUCACCCAGCAGCAGUCACAGCAACCCUCACCAGAAGAGUUGUCUGAAGAGGAGGAGGAAGAGGAGGAGGAGGAGGAAGAUGUGACCGAUGAAGAUUCCCUGGCAGGAAGAGGUUCAGAGAGUGGAGGUGAGAAGGCCAUAUCAGUUCGAGGUGACUCAGAAGAGGCAUCUGGGGCGGAGGAGGAGGUGGGAACAGUGACAGCAGCAGCCACUGGGAAGGAGAUGGACUGUAACCAGAAAGCUGUUCUGCAGGCUUCUCUUCCACCACCUCCACCACUGGCUGACAGUUUGGAUCAACCCCAGCAGAUGGAGCCAGUGAGCAGUGAUGUUUCAGGGAGUCUGGAAGAGGGAAGCAAACCGGAGAGGAGCUCAAGCCCGCCACCGACAGCACUCACCCCAGAAGGGGGAGGUGCCAGCACGCCUUUGGUGGAGGAGCUGAGCUUGCAGGAAGCCAUGAGAAAGGAACCCGGAGAGAGCAGUGGCCGAAAGGCCUGUGAAAUAUGUGGCCAGGCCUUUCCUAGCCAGGUGGCUCUGGAGGAGCAUCAGAAGACCCACCCCAAGGAAGGGCCACUCUUCACUUGUGUUUUUUGCAGGCAGGGCUUCCUCGAGAGGGCCACUCUCAAGAAGCAUAUGCUGCUGGCUCACCACCAGGUACAGCCCUUUGUUCCUCAUGGCCCUCAGAAUAUCGCUGCUCUUUCUUUGGUCCCUGGCUGUUCCCCUUCCAUCACUUCCCCAGGGCUGUCUCCGUUCCCUCGGAAAGAUGAUCCCACGAUCCCAUGAGCCUGCUUUUUUGUACCUGCUACCCUUUGACGCAGGGUGCAGAAGCUGAAGGCUCCAUAGAAAGACCUCCAAGAUUUAUGAACCUUUAUUGUCUUUUUCUCUGAGUUCUUACAUGAUGUGUCUCUAGUGGCUUUUCCCUAGUCCCUUAGCUUGGAAAUUGUCCUUACAUAGGGAUGGCCCCCUAAGGAAUUCUCCUUUCUUUAUUCUUUCUCCCUGAGGAAAGUAGAUUGUCUUCUACAGCUUUUCCAUUCUUGAAGGAAGCCCUCUCUUUUUCCUCUUCCUUUUCCUUUGGCAGGUGCACCUAAGCACCCAUCAUUGGACCCACAGCUCUGGGGUCAAAGGGACUGGCACCUGUUUCCAAAGGGCCCAGCGCCACUCUCACUGGUGACCAGCUGACGCUGCAGGACUGCUUGUCCCAGGACCUUCCUGCCCAGCUGGCAGGGGUGGCUUCCCCACAUUUCUGCAACAGUACACUGCUUUCUUGUCACAUGGCCUGCAUGCCAAGCCCUGGAGCUCCAGCUUUACCCCCAUUACCACUUCAGACCUGGCAUAACCAGUGUUGUUUAGUCCAGGAAUUGUGGCUGGGAAGGUGACUCCAAAAACAGGACCCAGAGAGGCCAAGGAAAAGACAAUCCCUCUUCUAUUUCAGUCUCCUGAACUUGAAGCAGUGCAUUAAAAUCCCAUCUUAGGAAAGAAAUGACAUCACACAUUCCUCCUCCCACCUCUUGCUGCAGGAGGUGCUGGGAAUGAAGAUGUUCCAGGAGUUGGUGUCCCAACCAAAGGAGAUAAGGACAAAUAAAGGUCACAGAGCUCUUUCCAGCAGACACCUUCACAGUCACACCAAGGCCACUGUGUUGACUGAUCAUUGUGCCAGGACUUCUCCAGCUUCUUGUUUAUCAUUGCUUCUCAGCAGGGGAAACCAGCAGAUUUCUUGCCAAGAGGUCUCCUAUUUGGGAAGUUGGUUUGUCUCUUAAAUGAGCUUUGUGAGUGACACUGGUUGAUGAAGUAAUGUCAGAGAGCUGAGACAUGUUGCUAAAAUGUAGGGCUUGCUGGGAAUCUGCGAUUGGAAAAUGGGCAUUGAUAUAAGGGAAGGGACUUGGCAUUCUUAUAAUGCGAACAUUCUCAUGAAUAUUCUUCUGGGCUGAUAGUGACAUAGUGUACAGCAGUGCACUAGGAGUCGUGAGGGAUUUCCUGGCCCUAGUGUGCUUCUAGUUUUAAAUAAAUGCCCGCUUUUAUUCCCUGACCCUUUGUAUGUUCCUCAUUGUUGUCUCUCAAGGUCCCUUCUCUCCCCUUUUGCCUGAUCAUGGACUGAAGGUUACGUCUUUGCCUCUGUCUGGUUCUUAGGUGCCCAGACUUGGGGAGAGACAAGCUUCGGGUGUUCAUCUCUGCCUGUCUGUCUUACAAUGAGGUGUAGUGUUUACUCUUAAUAUAGGAUCUUUGGAACUGGAGUUCUGAGGAGAAGUGAGAGUUUUGCUGUUGACUGAUGUUCACUUCUCCAAAGGACAAGAGUGGCUCCAGUGCUUCCUAACAUAGUGAAAUGUCAAGAGCAGACAGGAGAUACUAGUGUCUUUCCCUGUAUCAUUAAAGGCAUUUUGGCCAAAUA